AUGGUGGCUCCCGCUCUCGACGACAUCGUCCCCGGAUCGUCGCCCGUCAUCGACACCCCCGGAUCGCCUGCCCAGGCUACCGGCAGCGUUCGUGCUAGCGUUCGCCGUGACAUGACUCCUCUCCGCACCGUUGUCCAGCCUCUUCCCGCUGGCGCGCUCUACCCCCCUGCCUCGGGCAAGGGUGUCGACUUUAUGGCCGGCGAGACCGCCUGGAACGACAACAUGGGCCAGGGCGACAUGGUCCUCGAGCUUGCCGACGGCCUUGCGCUCUCCGGUAACUCGUUCGGUGCUGACAAGAGCAUCUCCGGCGAGUGUGUCUUCCAGACCGGUAUGGUCGGCUACCCCGAGUCGCUCACCGACCCUUCGUACGAGUCGCAGAUUCUCGUCCUCACCUACCCCCUUGUGGGCAACUAUGGUGUUCCCGAGCGUACCGCCCAGGAGCAGUCGACUGCCACCGACGCCGACGGCGUGACCGCCCUCCUCGACUCGAUUCCCAUCGAGUACGAGUCGAGCCGCAUCCACAUUGCCGCGCUCGUCGUUGCCAACUACCACCCCAGCUUUUCGCACCACCUCGCCACCUCGAGCCUCGGCCAGUGGCUCAAGGAGCAGGGCAUCCCCGCCAUCUGGGGUGUCGACACCCGCAUGCUCACCAAGCGCCUCCGUGAGGGUGGUUCCACCCUCGGCCGCGUCCUCCGCCGCAAGGACGGCGCCGCUGCCACCCUCCUCCCCGCCGUGUCGGCCGACGGCACCGCUGAGACCUCGUGGCGCGCUAGCUUUGAGAACAUCGAGUUCGCCGACCCCAACAAGGAGAACCUUGUCGCCAAGGUCUCGAUCAAGCAGCCCGUCGUCUACACGUCGCUUACCGGCGUUGAGCCCCGCAUCAACCCCCGCACUGGCAAGACCAUCCGCAUCCUCGCUGUCGAUGUCGGUAUGAAGUGGAACCAGAUCCGCUGCUUCCGCAAGCGCGGUGUCGAGGUCAAGGUCGUCCCCUGGGACUAUGACUUUAACAAGGAGGCCGGCAACUAUGACGGUCUGUUCAUCUCCAACGGUCCCGGUGACCCCUCCAUGGCUACUGCCACCAUCAAGAACCUCGAGGUCGCCCUCGCCAACUCCAAGGUCCCCAUCUUUGGUAUCUGUCUCGGCCACCAGCUCAUUGCCCUCGCCUCUGGCGCCCGCACUCGCAAGAUGAAGUACGGUAACCGCGGCAUGAACAUUCCCUGCACCUGCUCGACCUCGGGCCGCUGCUACAUCACCUCGCAGAACCACGGUUACGAGGUCGACGCCACCUCGCUCCAGAACGGCUGGGAGCCCCUCUUCACCAACGCCAACGACGAGUCCAACGAGGGUAUCUGGAUGGGCAAGAACGGCAAGCCCUUCUUCUCGGUCCAGUUCCACCCCGAGUCUGCCCCCGGUCCUCGCGACACCGAGUUCCUCUUCGACGUCUUCAUCCAGAGCAUUGUCGACACUGCCCGCGAGGGCCGUCUCGUCUCGGUCGACGUCCCCGGCGGUGAGCUCAAGGAGCACCGCGAGCGCCUCCCCCGCGUCCAGGUCAAGAAGGUCCUCGUCCUCGGUUCGGGUGGUCUCUCCAUCGGCCAGGCCGGCGAGUUUGACUACUCGGGUUCGCAGGCCAUCAAGGCUCUCAAGGAGGAAGGUAUCUACACCAUCCUCGUCAACCCCAACAUUGCGACUAUCCAGACUUCGCCUGGUCUCGCCGACAAGGUCUACUUCCUUCCCGUUACCCCCGAGUUUGUGAGGAAGAUUAUCAAGCACGAGAAGCCCGACGGCAUCUACUGCACGUUCGGUGGCCAGACCGCCCUCUCGGUCGGUAUCGCCCUCAAGGACGAGUUUGAGGCUCUCGGCGUCAAGGUGCUCGGUACCCCCAUCGACACCAUCAUCACCACCGAGGACCGUGAGCUCUUUGCUCGCUCCAUGGAGAGCAUUGGCGAGAAGUGCGCCACCUCGGAGUCGGCCAACAAUGUCGACGAGGCCAUUGCCGCCGCCAACCGCAUCGGCUACCCGCUCAUUGUCCGUGCCGCUUUCGCCCUUGGCGGUCUCGGCUCGGGCUUUGCCAACAACGAGCCCGAGCUCGUCGAGCUCUGCAAGGUCGCUUUCGCCACCUCCCCCCAGGUGCUCGUUGAGCGCUCCAUGAAGGGCUGGAAGGAGGUCGAGUACGAGGUUGUUCGUGACUGCAUGGACAACUGCAUCACUGUCUGUAACAUGGAGAACUUUGACCCUCUUGGUAUCCACACUGGUGACUCCAUUGUCGUCGCUCCCUCGCAGACCCUCUCGGACGCCGACUACAACAUGCUCCGCACCACUGCCGUCAACGUCAUCCGUCACCUCGGUGUCGUCGGCGAGUGCAAUAUCCAGUACGCUCUCAACCCCUACUCGAAGGAGUACUGCAUUAUCGAGGUCAACGCUCGUCUCUCGCGUUCGUCGGCUCUCGCCUCCAAGGCCACCGGUUACCCGCUCGCCUUCAUUGCCGCCAAGCUCGGUCUCAACAUUCCCCUCAACGAGAUCCGCAACUCGGUUACCAAGAAGACGACUGCCUGCUUCGAGCCCUCGCUCGACUACUGCGUCGUCAAGAUCCCCCGCUGGGACCUCAAGAAGUUCACCCGUGUCUCGACCAAGCUCUCGUCCUCGAUGAAGUCGGUCGGUGAGGUCAUGGCCAUUGGCCGUACCUUUGAGGAGACGAUCCAGAAGGCCAUCCGCUGCAUCGACGACAGCUUCCCCGGCUUUGGCGAGAACAUUGAGGUCGAGGACAUUGACUACGAGAUUGCCAACCCUACCGACAAGCGUCUCUUUGCCAUUGCCACUGCUCUCAAGCGCGGCUACUCGGUCAAGAAGAUCAACGAGAUGUCCAACAUUGACCCCUGGUUCCUCCACCGCCUCGAGCGCCUGUCCAAGACCGAGGACGUCAUGACCAACUUCUCGGCCGCCACCAUCCCCUCCGAGCUCCUCCGCAACGCCAAGCAGCUCGGUUUCUCGGACCGCCAGAUUGCCAAGGCCGUCAACUCGAACGAGCUUGCCGUCCGUCGUCUCCGUGUCGAGGCCGGCAUCACGAUGUUUGUCAAGCAGAUUGACACUGUCGCCGCCGAGUUCCCUGCCUUCACCAACUACCUGUACACCACGUACAACGCGUCCGAGCACGACGUCGACUUUGAGGACCACGGUGUCAUGGUCCUUGGUUCGGGUGUGUACCGUAUCGGUUCGUCCGUCGAGUUCGACUGGUGCGCUGUCCGCGCCAUCCGCACUCUUCGCGAGAACGGCCUCAAGACUGUCAUGAUCAACUACAACCCCGAGACUGUCUCGACCGACUACGACGAGGCCGACAAGCUCUACUUUGAGAACAUCUCGAUGGAGACCGUCCUUGACAUUUACGACAUUGAGCGUUCGUCGGGUCUUGUCCUCUCGAUGGGUGGUCAGACCCCCAACAACAUUGCUCUUGCCCUCCACCGCCAGAACGUCAAGAUCUACGGUACCUCGCCCGAGAUGAUCGACACUGCCGAGAACCGUUACAAGUUCUCGCGUAUGCUCGACAAGAUUGGCGUCGACCAGCCCCUGUGGAAGGAGCUCACCUCGUACGACGAGGCCAAGUCGUUCUGUGACAAGGUCUCGUACCCCGUGCUUGUUCGUCCCUCGUAUGUUCUCUCGGGUGCGGCCAUGAACGUCGUCUACUCGGACGACGACCUUGCCGCCUACCUCGGCCAGGCCGCCGAGGUCUCGCGCGACCACCCCGUCGUCAUCUCCAAGUACAUCGAGGAGGCCAAGGAAAUCGAGAUGGACGCUGUCGCCAAGGACGGCAAGAUGGUCAUGCACUACAUCUCGGAGCACGUCGAGAACGCCGGCGUGCACUCGGGUGACGCCACUCUCAUCCUCCCUCCUCAGGACCUCGACCCCGAGACCAUCCGCAAGAUUGAGGUCGCUACCCAGAAGAUUGGUGCCGCCCUCAACGUCACUGGCCCUUACAACAUCCAGUUCAUUGCCAAGAACAACGAGAUCAAGGUCAUCGAGUGCAACCUGCGUGCCGCUCGUUCGUUCCCCUUCGUCUCCAAGGUCACUGGCAUCGACGCCAUCGAGAUGGCCACCAAGGUCAUGAUCGGUCUCCCCGUCACCCCUUACCCCGACGUCAAGAUGCCCCCCAACUACGUCGGUAUCAAGGUCCCCCAGUUCUCGUUCUCGCGUCUCUCGGGUGCCGACCCCAUUCUCGGUGUCGAGAUGGCCUCGACCGGUGAGGUUGCCUGCUUCGGUCGCGACAAGUACGAGGCCUACCUCAAGGCCCUCAUCUCCACCGGUAUCCGCCCUCCCAAGAAGAACGUGCUCCUCUCGAUCGGUUCGUUCAAGGAGAAGCUCGAGAUGCUGCCUUCGGUCCACAAGCUCCACCGCAUGGGCUACAACCUCUUCGCUACUGCCGGUACCGCCGACUUUAUCCAGGAGCACGGCAUCCCCGUCAAGUACCUCGAGACCCUCGACGAGAACGACGACCCCCAGAAGGCCGAGUACUCGCUCGAGCAGCACCUGGGCAACAACCUCAUCGACCUGUACAUCAACCUGCCCUCGAAGAACCGCUACCGUCGCCCCGCUUCGUACGUUUCCAAGGGUUACAGGUCGCGUCGUAUGGCCGUCGACUUUGCCGUCCCCCUGAUCACCAACGUCAAGUGCGCCAAGCUCUUCAUCGAGGCCAUCAUCCGCAAGCCCGCGUUUGACAUUUCGAGCGUCGACUACAAGACCUCGCACCAGACCUUCACCUUCCCCGGUCUCAUCUCGGUGCAGUCGUUCGUUCCCGGUGCCGCCGAGGCUGGCUCGGAGGACUUUGCCAUUGCCACCCAGUCGGCUAUCCGCGGUGGCUUCUCGGUUGUCCAGAUGGUGCCCCAGGGUGUCAGCUCGGCCGUCGAGGACGAGAUCUCGCUCCAGCGCGCUCAGCAGAACGCCUCGGGCCAGGCUCACUGCGACUACUUCUUCUCGGUCGCCGCCACUGCCGACAACGCUACCCGCCUCGCCGACGCCAUCGAGGCCGGCGCCAAGGCCCUGUUCAUCCCCUUCAACAACUUCUUUGGCAGCGGCAACAAGGUCGCCUCGGUCGCCCAGCACUUUGCCGCUUGGCCCCAGGACAAGCCCAUUGUGACUGACGCUCGCGCCACUGACCUCGCGUCGAUCCUCCUCCUCGCUAGCCUCAACAACCGCAGCAUCCACAUUGCUUCGGUCUCGACCCGCGACGACAUUGCGCUCAUUGCCCUCGCCAAGGAGAAGGGUCUCCCCGUCACCUGCGACGUUGCCAUCUACGCCCUCUUCUACUCGCAGGCCGACUACCCCGAGGCCGCCAAGGUCCUCCCUACCGUCGAGGACCAGGAGGCCCUCUGGGACAACAUUGCCAACAUUGACGUCUUCUCGGUCGGUGUCCUCCCCUUCGAGCUCGGCCAGGCCCUCGGCAAGAAGGUCUCGGCCCGCUCGGGUGUCGAGGAGUCGCUUCCCCUCCUCCUCGGCGCUGUCACCGACGGCCGCCUGACUCUCGAGGACAUUUCGCAGCGCCUCAGCGCCAACCCCCGCGCCAUCUUUGGCAUCACCGAGCAGGCCCAGACCUGGGUCGAGGUCGAGGUCAACCGCUCGUCCACCUUCCACCUUGACGGUGGUGAGUGGUCGCCCCUCGAGGGCAAGGGCACCUCGGGUGCUGUCCACCGCGUGGUCAUCACCAACCACUCGGUUGUCCUUGACGGCAACGCGUUCUCGAUGCCCCUCGGCCGCGACAUUUCGCUCGCUGGCCCCGCCAAGGCGGUUGUCCCCGCCGGCCGCGGCUCGUUCUCGCGCGCCUCGCGCCCCAGCAUCUCGCUGCUGUCGCCCCAGCUCCCCCAGCUUGGUCUCGGUCUCGGCCUCCAGGGCACCCAGCAGCCCAGCCUCAUGUCGCUCGCUGCCCAGCCCGUCGCCCCCCAGAUCUCGCCCAUCCCCGUCCUCCAGACCCUCCAGCCCCACCCUGCGUUCACGCGCCGCCACAUCCUGUCGGUCAAGCAGUUUGGCCGUGACGACCUGCACACGCUCUUCAGCCUCGCGUCGGAGAUGCGCACCAUGGUCGAGCGCCAGGGCUCGGUCGACACCCUCCGCGGCAAGGUGCUCUGCACCCUCUUCUACGAGCCUUCGACUCGCACCUCGACCUCGUUCGAGGCUGCCAUGAAGCGCUGCGGUGGUGAGGUCGUCCAGGUGACUGCUGAGACCUCGUCUGUCCAGAAGGGCGAGUCUCUCCAGGACACCAUCCGCACUGUUGGCUGCUACGCCGACGCCGUUGUCCUCCGCCACCCCGCGGUCGGCUCGGCCAAGGACGCUGCCAAGUCGUCGGUCGUCCCCAUCAUCAACGCCGGCGACGGCAUUGGCGAGCACCCCACCCAGUCGCUCCUCGACGUCUUCUGUAUCCGUGAGGAGCUGGGUUCGGUCAACGGCAUCACCAUCACCCUUGUUGGUGACCUCAAGAACGGCCGCACUGUCCACUCGCUCGUCAAGCUUCUGUCGCUGUACGACGUCACCCUCAACUUUGUGUCGCCCCCCUCGCUCGCCAUGCCCGAGUACGUCAAGACCGAGGCGUCGCGCGCCGGCAUCCGCUGGGCCGAGUACCACAACCUCGACGACGUCGUCGCCAAGUCGGACGUGCUGUACGUCACCCGCGUGCAGCGCGAGCGCUUCGCCUCGGUGGCAGAGUACGAGUCGGUCAAGGACAUGUUCGUCAUCAACAACGACGUCCUCGCCAAGGCCAAGGACAACCUCAUCGUCAUGCACCCGCUCCCGCGCCUCAACGAGAUCGACCCCGAGGUCGACUUUGACUCGCGCCGCGCAGCCUACUUCCGCCAGAUGCGCUACGGCCUGUUCAUCCGCAUGGCCCUGCUUACCAUGGUCCUCGGCGCAUAG